AUGUCUUUGAAGGCUAUCUCGUCGAAAGAUGCCGCUUCCCUAGACAAAGACCUGAUGGAAAUAGGUGGAUGGUCCUUGGACCAAUUGAUGGAACUAGCUGGACUCUCUGUCUCUCAAGCUGUCUACCGUAUACAUCCUCCGAGCUCAGGAAAGGAUGUCCUUGUUAUCUGCGGGCCAGGAAACAACGGCGGCGAUGGCCUGGUAGCUGCUCGCCAUCUAGCUCAAUACGGUUACAAGCCAUCAAUCUAUUACCCUAAGCAGGGCAAGAACGAACUCUACCAGCGUCUCAAAACUCAACUCGAGAACCUCUCCGUCCCUUUCGUAUCCGAUCUGGCAGUAGCCAUCAAGUCAUCCGACUUCCUCGUCGAUGCAAUCUUCGGCUUCUCCUUCGGCGGCCCCCUGCGUGAACCCUUCCCAACUAUUAUCUCCCAGAUAGAAACAGCCAGCAUUCCCGUGUUGAGUGUCGAUGCACCUAGCUCCUGGGACAUCGAAAGUGGACCUCCCGAAGAGGGCCCGGGAUCCAAGUUCAUGCCAGAAGCGCUCAUCAGUUUGACGGCCCCCAAACCCUGCGUGAAACAUUAUACGGGACGACAUUUCCUCGGAGGAAGGUUCUUGACGAAGAGUAUCGCGGAAAAAUAUGGGCUGGAUCUACCUCAGUAUCCUGGCAUUGAUCAGAUUGUCGAGGUUGGUGUUGAUGCUGAGGGGAAGCUCUGA